UCAGACGUAAAUCCCUAAGUUUCAGAGUAAAACUUGGGCUAAAAAAAGGCACGCGACUGGGUUGCCUGAGGUGGCAGUGCGGCAGAGCACUUUGCCCGACUUGUACUCCGUAGUGACUUUCGAACCACCAGACAUCCAUCACAAGCCCAGGCACGACAAAGAAAAUCUCCGAUCGGAUUCUUGGAUGGAACCGAGUUUACUUUGUUUCCCCUCGCUCUGGCUAACCCCUUUGAUGCACUCAUGAAUCAUGCAUCGCCAGGUACGAGGUCAAACCAUCCGGGCAGACCGACGUGAACCAUGGAUGCACUCGUAAAGAAUUGCACGAGGAAUCCCCAUCCAGAAAGUGCAGAGAAAGUUACUUGGAACCAUCCCGACUUGUUCCUGUUGAACAAACUCGUUUCGCUUCCCCCUGAUGGUCGAGUUCAGGGACGAUGGAGCGUGGGUCUUUCCAACUCCACCGAGGCUGACGAUUCUCUUACGAUCCCCAACCACGCGUCGAGUUCUCCCUCUCUCUCUCUCUCUCUCUCUCUCCAGGGUCUGGACGGGGGGCGCUUUGCCACCUGGCGGCCCUUCUCGGAUCAACUGGCAGCCAACGAACCCUCACUGACCCGGUGUUUGUGUGUCUUUAGUUUCCGGUUUCUAACUAAUUUUUUCUGAUUCCUGCCCAAAAAGCAUCGCUGUUUGCAUUUCAGCCCUGGGCCCGACUCUGUUCAUACCCACAGGCUCGUUCUGCGCACCGAGUGGUUCCUUGCGAUUCGGAAUGGUGGAUCGGGGUUCAUGUCAAAAGCGCGCCUGGGGCGGGUGAUUGGCCGGGGGUGGGACGGGAGGGUGUGCGACUAACGAGACGCUACGAUGAUUGGAACAACGCAUCAGGAUUUAACGAUCAACGAACAACGAUCAACGAUCAGGCGGGACGAUGAUGACUCGGUCGGUGGACGAAUCGUGAGUCGACAGCCAUACCGGGCGGGGUCUCUUCAUCUGCAUGUCAUUUCUCUGGAGGUGCGAUGCAUCCACCGUGUCGGGUUUUCUGGUCAUCUUGUCAACAACGGACAGUGACUGGUCAAUGGUCAAUGGUGAAUGGGACGCCCUUCUGGGGCACAGGCACGGACGACCGAGAGGCACACACGAGAGUGACCCGACCAGGGGCACGUCUGCAUACACAAACACACCUUGUCAGACCGACUUUUCGCCCUUUUUUCUCCCCCCUCGCCGGAAAUGGGAGGUGUGACGUCGUCCAUUUCUCCAUAAUCCCAUUAUAUCAGUGAUGAGGCCCAGCACCUCCGGGCGACCCAACGGUUCGCUGCGCCCGCGACCCAGUGUUCCUGGGGAUCUUGUCUGGUUCCAGACCGCGUUGUCUUUUUUUUCAAUGUGGAGAUGUGGAUAUCCAUGCGAAGAAGAACAGAGUCGAGUCUAGGCGUCUCCGUUCGGCUCCGGUCUCCAUCCAGAUGGACAGACUGGAUUUGAGCCGCCUUCUGUCUUUUACUUAUUAUUAUUAUUAUCGCGAACCCCCCCCCCCCCUCCGGCUUCGUAGUAUUUCCUGUUCCUGGUGGCUUUUGAAUCUUUAAUCUUCUUUGAUUGUGACCUUGCGUGGACGGUGUCCUGCGGCGCUGGAUUGAUCUCCCGAUCUACACCGGCAAUAGACAUGUCAACCCGCUAAAAGCGAUAUUCGAGACGAACGCCCUCUUUGUUCAAAAAAGCUGGGGCAGGAAACUCCCAGGCCCAAGCUCUCCAAAGACAAAAAAGAACAGAAUACAAGAAAGCCAAAUUUCAGAUGUAUGAAGAUUUGGACUACCGCGAUCCAUUCGCGGCCUGGCACAGCGGCGGGUUGCCGGACAGCUCGCUUUGCUCCAAGUGUCUGGAGCUCCACGGCGUUCAUGCACUCUGCACGCCUCUCAAGCCCCUGCCUGCAGAUGCGGUGUCACUUCCCCCUCGUUCCAUCAAGUCUGGGAUCACGGGCGCCCUCUCCCUCCAUGACUAUCGCAAGUAUUUGUCGCGGUCCGCAGACUGCGUGGACGAUCCCAUCGAUCGCUCCGAAAAGACUCUCAAACGCAAGACCGCAACCUUCAAUUUGAAUCGUCCACCUCCGCUCACGUCGCUCUCUUCGUGUGCGAUUUCGGUGUCCUCCGCCGCAUCAAGCCCCCCACCACUGUCGCCGUCGUAUUCUCAUAGUAUCAUCUCUUACCAGAGUGAGCAAGAGCCCGAGGUUUCAGAGGCAUCAACUGUUGCCAUUCCACCACCCCAAAGUCCACGAGUGCAUCUUGUCUCGGAAAGCUUUACACGCCCUAGACCGAACCGGAAGCGAUUGAACCCCUUCCGCGAGAAGCUUCUGAGGGACGCAAAAGGUCAGGGUCAGGCUCGACGCACAUUACCUCAAUCCCGUCCUCAAGCAUCCACUCCGAUGCUGGCCAACACGCAGGCCGUUGCCACCAUCUCGCACGGUGGUGCCUCCUUUGAGAUCUUGAAUCCACGCAAAUCCCUUGAUGUGGCUCGCAUUGUCUCCUUCAUUGAGGAUGUCGAUGACUGCUCGAUGCUGUCUUACGACCCCCACCAUGACUCAAUAGUCUCUUCCAACCCGUAUUCGGUAGACGACAGCUUUGAUGGAGCUUCCCUGUCGCAAUUUACCGACGUCUCAUUACCAUCGCAUUACUCUUCUCCUUCUUUAUACACUACUUCGCCUUCCAUUGGAUACUCCACGCCUAAACGGCAAAUAGCAGACAUCCCAUCGUCGUCACCCGGUGUGCACGACCGAGUCCGCUCGCUCUCCGAUUACUCCCUCCGCAAACAUGACUACUGGACACCCGCACGCAAGGAGGACACCACCUUCCCUUCGCAGAGCAACCAGAUGAACAUGAACAAUGACCUACCCAAUCAACUCACGGUGUCGACCACCGAGUGCCCACAAGAUCCCGAAUCCGAACCAGAUCUGCUCCCGUCAGACCCCCAAUCUCCAUCCUCCCAACCAACCUUUUUCUCCGGAGAAAGUGACAUUGGCGAGCCGGGCUCGCCAGUCUACGCCAACGGCGAAUGGGCGCAGGUCGACGAGCGCGACCGAGGUAUCUUCCUCGACCUCCAACCACCCCCAACCCUAUCACCGGGAUACUCCGAGCCCCCAUCUCCAUAUGACGUUUACUAUGCAAACACAAUGUCAACGCCUCUCCCUUCAACACCGUCUUACAAUCAGCAUUACGACCCGUAUGACCCUAUCUACUUUGACCCGCACGUUCAAUCCGUUCUUGCCGCCGCGAACGCGUAUGGCAUGGGAUUGCGUGGAAACCCGACGCGGGGCGCGGAUGAUCUGCAGCGCAGAUUUGGCAGUUCGGUUUCGUUGGGCGGAUCCGGGUCUGGGGUUGGGGUCGGGGAGACGGGUGUGCACGGGGAAAGGAAACCGUCCUUUUCGCAGAGGAAGAAGUUCAAGAAGUUUUUCAGUUGGAGAUCUGGAAAUUGAAGGGGUAAUCUUCUCAUGAUGUGAUGAGUCGGGACCGGUGGAAUAUGCAACCCUUUGAACCUUCUUUUCGGUGAUCUUUUUUUCUUUCUCACCUUCUCCCUUUUCUUCUUCUUCUACCUUGUCUUUUCAUACCUUGUACAUCAUUUUAUUCACCGAGUCUGUGACUCGACUUUGGACCGAUAUCACCAGUUUGAUAUCAGGUCUAUCAAUUUCUACUAUUCUUCCGGUACUCCCUUUCAAACAUUCAUCUAGAUAUCCCACAAUCCUAAUUCAACGCUCAACUUAUCAUAACCCA